AUACGCUUCUUGCAUAUCAACCAUUGGUAAAAGAUAACAUUAAAGUCUGUAUAUAAAUAUAUAAGUAUUGCCUCUUAACUCUCUCUGUGUCACCAACAUAAGAAAGAAGGCUUUGAGGUUUGAGAUAUGUCUGGUAGUGAAGAUAUGUCAACUCUCAAAAACACUUCUCCGGUUUCUCUGGUUAACGGCAAUUCCUCAUCCUCCAUCAUUCGAGCUUCCAUCGUCCAAGCCUCCACUGUCUAUAACGAUACUCCCAAAACUAUAGAAAAGGCAGCGAAGUUAACUGCGGAGGCGGCAAGCAACGGAUCUAAGCUGGUGGUGUUCCCGGAGGCUUUUAUCGGUGGCUAUCCUCGUGGGUUUAGGUUUGGUUUAGCGGUUGGUGUUCAUAACGAUGAAGGUCGUGAUGAGUUCCGAAAGUAUCAUGCUUCUGCCAUUCAUGUUCCUGGCCCUGAAGUAGAAAAAUUGGCGGAGGUGGCUAGGAAAAACAAUGUGUAUUUGGUAAUGGGGGCUAUAGAGAAGGAUGGUUAUACACUCUACUGCACAGCCCUGUUCUUUAGUUCCGAAGGCCGGUUCUUGGGUAAGCACCGUAAACUCAUGCCAACAUCUCUCGAACGUUGCAUCUGGGGUUAUGGGGAUGGAUCAACUAUCCCUCUUUACGACACUCCUGUUGGCAAACUUGGUGCUGCUAUUUGCUGGGAAAAUAGGAUGCCUCUCUACAGAACUGCCUUGUACGCAAAAGGAGUUGAGAUUUAUUGUGCACCUACGGCUGAUGGUUCAAAGGAAUGGCAAUCGUCGAUGCUUCACAUUGCCCUCGAGGGUGGAUGUUUCGUCUUGUCGGCUUGCCAGUUUUGUCAGCGUAAAGAUUUCCCUGAUCAUCCUGAUUACCUGUUUACCGACGCUGACGACUACAAAGGAGAUGAUGCUAUUGUCUCUCAAGGCGGUAGUGUCAUUAUUUCACCAUUGGGAAAGGUUCUUGCUGGACCCAACUUUGAAUCAGAGGGUCUCGUCACAGCUGAUCUUGAUCUUGGUGAUAUCGCAAGAGCCAAGUUAUACUUCGAUGUUGUCGGACAUUACUCAAAGCCAGAUGUUUUUAACUUGACCGUAAAUGAGCACCCGAAGAAACCGGUUACAUUCGUGUCCAAGGCGGUGAAAGCGGAGGAUGUCUCAGAGUUUCAGGAAAAAUAAUCGAGAUUUGAAAGUCGUCUACUUAUCUUCUCCAUAACUUCUGGUGUUAAUGUCAGUCACAUGGUGGAGUCAAGUUUAAAAUAAUAUGUAUGUCCAGUUCUUAAGUUUAUUUAUCUUUAUGGUCAAUAAUGUAAGAGAACCAAUUGGAUAUAUAUAUAUGAUAAAACCAAGUGGUUCUCUUCUCUUGUUUUGCAAUGUUAUGUAAUUUAUUUUGAAGAACCUUGAAUCUUGUGCAGCUUUGAAACCAUGUAUCCCUGAAGCAAACUUUGAUUUCAUCAGACACAAAAUGAAUUAUGCAUCCUUCUCAGAUUCAAUAAUACUAAACUAGAUCA